CUUUUACUUUUGCACUAAAAAUAGUAUAAUUGGCAUUGAGGUCACUCCGUAAAUCAGUUAAGAUUUAAUAAAAAAAAAAUUGCAGAAAAUUCGUGCUUUCAACGACCCAGCACUAAAAAUGUAAAAAAAAAGGUGCAUUAAAUAAAAGCAUCAUCGUCCAAUUACUUGCGGAAUGCAAGCUUUUGGAGUUUCAUCGAUUUAUUCAGAGUCCUUGUCAGCUUUGCAGCAGGGUAGGCUGUGAUAAAAUACCAGAGAUAAAUCUAUAAAUUAAAUAAUAUAAGAAUAAUAAGUAUUCUAAAUUGAAAGUGCGCCUGCAUCUGCAAACGCGGCCAUAGCCUUGAUUACCAUAUUUAAAUGCUAAUUGAGUCAUACCGCGAUACUGCUUUAGAAUUUGUUGUCCAUUGCGCCAUGAAGCGUCAAAACGUAAGAACACUGUCGCUUGUGGUAUGCACAUUUACCUAUUUGCUCAUUGGCGCGGCAGUCUUUGACUCGCUUGAAUCACAAACUGAAGCAAAGCGUUGGGAAUUUUUGCAAGUACUUUUUACAAUAUUGAUAAUUGAUAUUGGAAUUCGCAUCAAACUUUGUUUUCAUGCCGUAGCGGUGAAGAAUAAUUUCGUUAAGAAAUACAAUGUGAGUACAGAAGACUACCGGAUGAUCGAAAUAGUAAUAAUUGAGAACAAACCACACAAGGCGGGACCUCAGUGGAAAUUCGCUGGCGCAUUUUAUUUUGCCACUGUAGUGCUGGCAAUGAUUGGCUAUGGACAUUCCACACCGACUACAGUGGCUGGGAAACUAUUUACAAUGUGCUAUGCUAUGGUGGGCAUCCCAUUGGGUCUUGUAAUGUUCCAGUCGAUCGGCGAACGACUUAACAAGUUUGCUUCUGUGAUCAUUAGACGAGCGAAGCGAGCAAGUGGAGCACGUUGUACGGAUGCCACUGAAAUGAAUCUUAUGCUAGCCACUGGCAUGUUGUCCUCAAUUAUUAUUACGACGGGAGCUGCAGUCUUCUCGCGCUACGAGGGCUGGAGUUACUUUGAUAGUUUCUAUUAUUGCUUUGUGACAUUGACCACAAUUGGGUUUGGCGACUAUGUGGCUUUGCAAAAUGAUCAAGCGCUAACUAAUAAGCCAGGAUAUGUUGCUCUUAGUUUGGUGUUCAUUCUCUUUGGCCUAGCAGUAGUUGCUGCUAGUAUUAAUCUUCUGGUGCUGCGAUUCAUGACUAUGCAAGCUGAGGAUGCUAAGAGGGACGAACAGGAUGCCCAAAAUAUAGCAGCAGGAAAUCAACCACUCACUUUCGAUGACGAUUCCACAUACAACAUGCAUGGCAAGUUGCUCGAAAACAAUUACACCACCGAAAAUGAUGAGACGGUUUCCCUUUGCUCUUGUACCUGCAUGGGGGGCACGCGAUGUCUGAAUCAUGAGCAGUUUGUUGAUCCCGAUUUUCAGCCAAUGGACAUUAUUGAGAGCACACUCUGUUUGAAACGUGCAUCCGUUUGACAAGAAGAAGAUCAAAUAAAUAUACUCUUAUUAUAA